GUGGGUAAUUGCUGUGUUUUGGGCAAGAGGUCGUAAGCUCAUUUACACUCUCUAAGUUUCAAUUGAUCUCGUUUCUAUUGAGAAGAACAAAGGGGAAAAAGAAUGCAGUUGUUUAUGGUUUAGUAAAAUGUAAAUUUAACGCACCGACGGAUGUUACGGUCGUUUGAACUGGAAUCGAACUCAUUGCCCUGAGGGGUCGUACGAACUGUCAAACACUUCUUCCCUUAGAAUCAGGGCCGGAAUUUCAAGGACUACAACUUCAAUCCAUAUUGCACCAUUUCCUUUCAUCAAUGAAUUCAAAUUGGACGUAUGAUCUACAGACUUGAUGUUGCUUAAUUGAUGUUUGCCAAUGUUAGAUUGGUUUCGUUAAGGUACAGCAGGGAGCCUACUUGGCACGAUUUCAACCAAAUCCGCACUGCAGCGUGAUGAAAAUGUUGUGUCGUCUACCAACGUUAUUCAUGUGUUUCUUUAUCACUACUUGGUUCCAAAUCAGACUCGUUUCAACCGGAAAAUGCCUUACCAACUUGCCAGGUAAGUGACGAUUUGUGUAUUUUAAGUAAUAACAUUUCACUUCGCAUAAAGGAAAACUUUACUGUGUAACGUUUAUGGAUCCUUACGAAUUGUAAAUGAUUACAGCAUGUAACAACGCAAUUUGGUUCAGUGGAGUUAGGUGGCUUCCACGAACGAGGACUAUUCAGUCAAAAUUUGGAUUGCAAAUUCACAUCCAGAGAUCAGUUUUGCGUUAUCUAAUAAAUUUUGUAUCGUAGCGAAUUAACGCCGGCAUCCUUCACUAAAUAUAACAAUAAAUUAUGAAACUCUCUCGUUUACGGCGUUUGCAUUGUAAAUGAAAUCACGCGAAUUCUUAGAACUCUUCAAGAUAAAUGUAUUCUAUCACUUACGCGCGCCGUGCCUUUUCCCUAUUGCAUCGUAUGCAGGUCUGCGCUUUACAAUUAUUCAACGUUGUUCUGUAAUAUACUCGAAGGCGGCGUUUCUGAUCAGCUGAAUAUAUAUAUACUGACAAACUGUUUCGACUCCGCGGUCCGACCUUUGAAAGAAAAAGAUGAUAUUGCGUAGAUGUACGAGCGAGGGGUUUAUAUAAUCUUUAGUGGAUAUUGGCAAUCGUUCCGAAACAUGAUUACAGUAUUACUGAUAACGUAGAAAUCACUAACUAAAAUAGAAUACAGGAAACCGUGGUUAUAGGAGUAAUAUCAACAUAAACAGCAGCUGGAGAUCUCAAUGCCCAGUGAUGUUUCGCGAAGUUUCACGCAGAGCGCGUCAACGGUGUAAAUUAUUAUGGUUUUACGUGCGUAAAAUAAAAUAGAGCAAAUGUACGGAGGGCUUAUCUGCGGACUCAUUGAAGCACAAUUAACUUUUUUCCCAAACAUAAGUCCUCCAUAAAUUCGCUCUACUUUAUUUUACGCGCGUGAGAUUACUUAAAUUUACACCUGCUCUGAGGUCCGCUGGCGUGCAGGAAAUAACGCGACAGUCAGUGAAUUCGCGCGAGUCUCCGCUGCCGUAACCCACAAUUCUGAUGCGAUCAGGCGUUAUUUUUUUUUUUAAGUGAUCGUGGGUUACUGCCUAAACAAAAGCACUCACGCUGCAAAUACUGCCGAGUGUUGUGCCACAGGAUAAACAAGAAACCACUUCUGUGCUUGUGCAGGUGGAGUACUGAGUAUACGUUGUGUGUACCCAUUUUUGGUCAUUGUCGUAUUGCUCCACGAAUGCUCAAAGCACUCGAUAAAUCCAGGGUUCGCCUGGCAAAUCUCAUCGCCAAUCAACACUCAAAACGGAAGCAUUAUAAGGGGAUUAAGGUUUUUUUUGAAAAUCUUUUAAUGACUCUAUAUCAAAUGUCCUAAGAACGCGGAAACUUAGAGCUAAGCCGUGCCAUGUUCGGCCCCUCUGCUACGUGCAAAAUGAUUCCUGAACCUCCUAACAAUUUCCAAGCUGGACCUUAAACAUUGAAAAGAUCGAUUGUCUUUUGUCGACCCGUAGCUGCACUUUUUACAGCAGACAAGUCCAGAAUGGGCUAUUUUUUAACCCUAGGGUUUGACUUUCCUGCGAACUGUAUGUCAUUCAAUACGCCAAGUGUGAGUGACUUUGAUGAAAACCGAUUUUUUUUAUAUGCGAGUAUUGAGACGUAGAAGGAUUUGUGAUUUGUUGCAAUUUAUUUUUACUUGGGCCAUACAUGAAGCUUUCUUAUUUAUUUAUUUAUUCAUUCAUUUAUUUAUUUAUUUAUUUAUUUAUUUAUUUAUUUUAUCAGGUCCACUUCAUCGAAAGGAAUUCACCUUUCAAGGAGAGGAGAUCCCGCUGACCAUCUCUUAUGGUCACCGCGUUUCCCAUCAUGCCUCUGCGGAGCUUACCAGGAUAUUGAUAGAGGAGGGCCUGGGUUACGAUAAUGUGAGGCUGGUGCCGUGCUCCCAUGAUCCAUUGAGCAGCUAUGGAGACGUCACUAUGGGUUGUGGAAACGACAGAACUCCAGGUGUUCCUCAAGUCAUGAUUGACACAGAGGUCUGGGUACCAUUUGACCGUGAAGAGCCUGUGAAGAGUCAAAAGAUGGUUGACGUCGGAUCAUUAGGAAUCACGGGAAGACAAGGUUGGUAUACAACCGCUGAUUUUGCAGACCGUGUGUGGACUGUUCAUCAUCAGCCUGCUGACCACUGGAGAGCCCUACAGUUGCCUGUAGUACUGCAGCAACUGUCCCUUGCCUCGAAAUUGGUCACGUGUCAAGCCUGCAUAGAACACGAGUUUAACCCUCCGCAGUGUUCUCAACAAAACCAUACCGGAGCGAGAUGUGUUGCUUUGCUGGCUGGACAUAAAGAUAACGCCAGCGAGGUUUUGGUCGAGGGCCAGAUUACAAGUCUUCAUUUGAACGUGUCUAUGACAUGGCUCGGGAAGAGCCUGGACGCCAAGGUUUUAGAGAACGAAGCAAAGGGGAAACCAUUGCUAUUUUACGCCUGGGACCCAGACCCUUUAACAACUUCGGACAAGUUCAGGAGGAUUACCUUCCCUGACUGCAGUUUUCCUUGGAAUGAUAUGAUGAAAAAUCUCACGAGUGAAACCUGUAGAGGGUGCGAUUUUCCCAUGUACGAUCUGCGUAAGUUUGUGUGGAAAGAAAUACAGAACCGCUACAAAGAUAUCUACGGACUGGUAAGGGCCAUCACUCUUACAAGAGAACACAUCGCUGAUAUACUUCAACAAAUCAACAUAACUCGAAACAAUACGUCGAUAAACGAUUCCGUCUGCCAUUGGCUAAAUAAGUCACGUGACGUUUGGUUGCCAUGGAUACAAGCAGAAACUAGCGUCAAGAGAACUGUGCUAAUUGGAGGGAUGUUUCCAAGCCUCGUGGAACCCAAAGCAAUUUGGUCAAGUCCUGGAGUUGAAGUCGGAGCCCAAUUGGCUGUAAAGGAGAUUAACAAAGAUAUAAAUAUUUUGAAUCGUUGCAGGCUUGAGUUGCUCGUUGCUCCAACUCAGUGUAGAAGGGAACUCGUUAUUCCAGCUUAUGUGAGAUAUCUUAAUCGUGACGAGUCACAAAAGGUAAUUGGUAUUGUAGGUCCUGCAUGCAGCAAAGCCACACUUCCAAUCGCCGAAGUGUCGCGAUUCCACAACACGAUUCUAAUGGGUUACGGAGCUGAUGACGUGUCGCUGUCUGAUAGGACGCGAUUUCCGCUGUUUUUCCGAACGAAUCCGAGCAUCGACGAGUUUAAGUUAGCAUAUUUGUCGGUCUUUCGCGCGUUUAAAUGGAAACACUGCGCGAUCUUGCGCGAAGCAAAGUACCCAGUUAACACAGUCAGAUCUCGCACCGAAUUUCUGACUAAACAUGGAAUUCAAGUGCUGUCACGUGAGAUGCCGUCCGAUGGGGACCUGGAUGCUAAAACGAACUGGAGGAUAUUCCGCUGUAGUGUUAGACUAUGGUUUACCCGAUCUUUGCAGCAAAUCAGAAGCGAAUUAGAAUUACGAAUGCAGUGCAUCUUUCGCCAAUUACGGGUAGAUCGAAGAACGUACAGCACUUCAACAGCCAAUCACAACACAGACCUUCAUGAGCCAUGCCAAUUAUUGCAUGGUCGAUUCAGAUAUCCGUCUUCAUUAUCGUAUAGCGAAGACAUAUUUCCUGACGAUUACGCUACUACGACUGUUUCGUGGCCAGAAUAG